AUGAGCUUUAAAGGCUUCCAGAAGAGCGUGGUCCGGGCGCCACAAACCUUCAAGGCCAAAUUCAACCUCGGCGAGCACACCAAAGAUGCCGUCUUCAUCGACUCGGAGCGCCGCUUCCAGGAGCUCGAGACCGAGACGAAACGCCUCCACGAUGAGAGCAAGAAGUACUUCGACGCCAUCAAUGGCAUGCUCAACCACCAGAUCGAAUUCAGCAAGGCCAUGACCGAGAUUUACAAGCCCAUAUCUGGCCGCAUGUCCGACCCUGAUUCGCUGGUAGUGCAUGGCAAUCCCGAGGGGAUCCGCGCCUGUGAGGAAUACGAGGCCGUUGUCAAGGACUUGCAGACCACCAUUGCGCCGGAGCUCGAGAUGAUUGAUUCCCGUGUUGUUCGCCCAGCGAACGAGCUGCUCGAUGUGCUCAAGGUCUGCCGGAAGACCGUCACAAAACGCGAUCACAAGCAACUGGACUACGACCGACGCAACGCUACGCUGAAGAAGCUGCAAGACAAGAAAGAGAAGACUGCCAAGGACGAGAAGGCUCUGUGGAAGGCAGAGAGUGAGGUCGAGCAGGCGACGCAGGAGUUCAACUACUUUAACGAUCUGUUAAAGGAAGAGUUGCCGAAGCUGUUCGCCCUCGAACGACAAUUCAUCCAGCCACUUUUCCAGUCAUUCUAUUACAUGCAGUUGAAUAUUUUCUACACUCUUCACGAGAAGAUGCAGCACUGCGAUAUUGGAUACUUUGACCUCACACUGGACGUGGAAGAGGCGUUCAACAUAAAGCGAGGCGAUAUUCAAGAGCAGGUCGACAAGUUGAGCAUCGUAAGGUUCAAGACAAGUGGUCGCCAGAAACCCCCCAAGUAUGGUCCAAAACCACAGGCGCUCCUUCAGGGUGGGAGUCAACCUGCUGGUUUACUCACUGAAGCCCCAUCCUCAUCCACAUCCACACCAACCCUCGCCUCAGCCAAAUACGGAGAGCAGUCGCCGGCAGAAGCAGCGGAGCAUCCCCCUCCACCUUAUACCGCAUCAUACGGUUCCGUCAAAUCACCCCUGUCUCCGACACUAGGGAGUCCGACUUCGCCGGCUUUGGCGGCCGCGGCAGCAGGGAAGCCGAAGCCGCCGCCGCCGAAACCAAAGCCCAGUCGCAUGAGCGGAGCACCACCUGUAGAGACCGUCACUGCCUUGUACGACUACUCGGCGCAAGCUGAGGGUGAUUUGACUUUCCGCGCCGGAGAUGUAAUAGAGAUAGUCAGCAGAACACAGAACGAGAAUGAAUGGUGGAUCGGCAAGGCUCAUGGGAAACAAGGGCAGUUUCCUGGCAACUACGUGAAGUUAGGCUAG